GAGAUGCAGGCUGGUAUUUGGCAGUUGGUGUAUAGUGAGCACAAAGGCUGUGCUGUAACUACCUCUGCUAAUAAACUGAAAUGCUUAGUGAAUAAACACAUCUUAAAUAAACUGGGGGCUCUAAUUCUUGGCCAAUUGUCAACAGCAUGGCCAGAUCACCUUCCCAAGACCUAGGAAAAAGCAUUGUCCAAGUUACUGAUUUCAAGUGGCUUUGUAUCAUCCAUAUUUGCUUUUGAGGUGUCAGAGCCAAGAUAUGAGAUCCGCCCCCCUCCUGCCCGGCCUGAGAACCUAAGUAUUUAUAACCAGGGAACUUAACAAAGGAACUUUGAAGAAGGAAGAGAGACUCUCUUUGCUCAUCUUUCACAUUAUUCCUCCUCCUGAUUUGGUCCCCCAUUGUGCAUUUAAGAAGAAUAAGAAGGAAACAACAAUCCAGUCCCGAGUUCUCCCGCCCAAAUAAUGUUCUUCCUGUUGACUUGGAAGAAAAAGGGGAGGUACUUAGGUAGCUUUCUGAUUUUGAAGACUCCGAAGCAAUCCAGAAUCCCAAACUUGACAGGCAGUGGAAGGAGUAGGAGCACUUGUAUGAGGCAGACCUGGCUUUGAACCCUGGCUCUUCCGCUUGCUGGCCAUGUAAUCUCAGUGUAGUGUAUAAAGCUCCCAGCUUGGUCCCUUGCACCCAAAUGCAUAUGUCAAGCAAAUGAUGAUCAUGUUUAUCCUUCUAAAACUAAGUACUAUCAGAGGGAUUUCAGUGUGUGAGUGAGGCUGGGAAUUAAGGUAAAUGGUAGAAUUAAAAGUGAUACAGAAUUUGGAGGUGAAGAAAUGUCAAAAAGGGUUAAAGUUGAAUCUGAUAGCAGGCCUUUGGGGUUUAUGAUGUUGCCGUGCUGAUUAUACAUCAUAGUAUCCCUUCUGCCUCCUAUCCUGGAAAUGCUAUUCAGCCAAACAUGUAUAAAGGAUAAUGCCAGCAAAGCAGAACUUUGAAGGAACAGCAACCUCAGUUAAAAAAACUAGGAAUGUCCAGAAACCUAUUUAAGAUGUUAUUUCAUCAUAAACAAAUUGAAGUAGAAACACAGAGUUGUCUGAUGGUUUGAUUUAGAGGGAGACAAGUAUAUUCGUUUCCUGUGGCAGCUGUAACAAAUUAGCGCAAACUUGGUUGCUUGAACAACAGAAAUUUAUUCUCUCACAGACAGAAGUUUGACAUCAGAUUCACUGGGCAGAAAUCAAGGUGUCGGUGGGGCUGUGCUACCCCUAGAGGCUCUAGAGGGAAAAUCCAUUUCUUCUCUCCUCCAGCUUCCAGUGGCUGCGGGCUUUCCUUCACUUCUGGCCACCUCACUCCAGUCUCUGCCUCUACGGGUCUCAUUGCCUCCUCCUCUUUUGUGGGUAUCAAAGCUCUCUCUGACUCCCCCUUGUGAGAACACUUGUAAUUGGAUUUAGGGCUAACCUGGAUAAUCCAGGAUAAUCUCCCCAUCUCAAGAUCCUCACUCCAUCACAUCUGCAAAGACCCUUUUUCCUUAUAAGAUAACAUUUACAGGUUCAUAACAAUAAUAAAAAUAAUAAUUGGUAACUAUUAUUCAGCCUACUACAAGAAGCUUGAUCCAGCUUAACCAGCAUUCCCAAGUGAGAUAACUAUCUCUUACCUGUUUAUUUUUUCAUUUGUUUUUUUAGUCAUAAAAAUAAUUGAUGUUCAUUGUCAAUCAUUUAGAAAAUACAGAAAAGUUAAAGGAAAAGAAAGAAAGGAAAUUAAAUGAAAAACAAUUUUUAAUCCUCUCACCCAGGGAUAGCCAGCCCCUGACCAAUGAGCAUUUUUCUAGGCUGGGCCCAACAAAGAGGAAGAACAGGAAAAAGAGAAUAAAAGUAAAGAGAAUGGAACAAGCAACUUGGAAGGUAAUGAAAUAGGUUAAUAUCGCUCAUAAUGGACGUGUACACGGCAGCCUAAUUUAAAAUGGAUGUAGAGCUUUGAAGUGAAAUUAACCAGGACAGGAGGUGCUUGUAUGAUGUGUGGAAAUGACGCUCAGUCCCUUAGAGGUGGAAAGUUUAGUUUUGGCCUCUCACUUGAAAACCCCUGAAUUUUCCCAAUACUACCUCAUUCACUCCUAGAAGUCAGACCCUGGACUACUAAUCUGCCUUGUCAUAGGCUUUUCUUGAGUCCUUAUCAGCCUUGCUCAGUGGGCCAAUGUUAUGAAGACUGGGGGAGUCUGGCAGGGUGCCUGCUCCUCCCAGGCUGAUAUCAAAGGGCAACAGGACUGUGACAGAAGGCAAACAUUCAGACCAAAGCCAGAUGUGGAACUGAAACAGCAAGAGGAAAAGCCAGAGCAUCAGGUAAAAAAAAUUUUUUUCUUAAAUCUCAUACAUCUCCUUGUAGGUGCAGUUUAUGUCUGAGGGUAUGAAAGACUUAGUAAAAUAGUAGCUAAGGAGAAACUUGCAAAGGAAAAUGAGUGAGAAAUUUUGGAAAGAGUGGAAAACAUAUUCAUAGGGAGCUACAAUCUCAGAAAACUGUAUCUAUCAUAGUAGCUACCAGCAUCCAAGUAACGUCAAUGAGACUUGGGAGUUAUGCGAGUUUAGGCCUGCUAGUUCAGAAGCAAUUAGAUUUGGUCUGUGGGUCCCAGCAGGUGGAAAUUAUAAGGAGACAAAUUACAGCUGACAAUAAGGAAGCCAUUUCUAACAGCUGUUGGAAAAUAGAAGGGACCAAUUCAAGAGGUGGUGAGAUACUUGUCACUGGAGGUGGUCAAGCAGUUGCUGGAAAGCAGUUUGUUGGGAGUUGGGAAUAUUACAGAGAGGAUUUAAGAAUCAGGUAGAUGGUUGGAACAGAAGAUCUUUAAAGUCCCUUCCAACACUUCUGUGAUUCUAUGAUAUGAAUAGAACGUUAUCAGAAAUUUCUCUAAGGAGCCAUACAUUUACAUUUACCCGUAGGAGAUGCUCACAGAUGAAAAAAUAAUUCAUGAGGUUGAUUCUGGUUUGCCUGGAGGAAGUGAGAAGGAAACCAAGAGCAAACUAAUGGCAGAGGAGGGUACAGGUCCUGCUGGAUGCCUGCUUUUUUCCCUCUUGGUGGUUAUAAACCACAGGGCCCCUGUUUUGCCAAGAUCACAUAGAAGAAAUGGGUUCUCUUCUUCUAGUGGAAGAAUUUUGGUUUGGGUUAGUAAAUACUUUAUUUCACAGUUAACAAAAGCUAAGGGAGUCAUUUCUGAACUAUUUGCUUCAGAGCUCUAAUUUCAAUUUAGGUGGCUAUUCUCUGGUCUAUGAAGCAAAAGGAGGUUGACCACUGUUUAGUAACUAUGUCCCAAAGGCUCAUGUUCUUUUCCAAGUCUUAGAGGUUCCCACCACACAGGGCAGAACUAUUUGGAAGGAAGGAAAACUGCUUCUGCAUCACACUGUACAUGAAGAAACAUACUUUUAUAAUUUAGAAGAACAUUUGGUGUCAACUGACAUUUAGGUGUAGAAUAAAGCUUUUUAAAAUGUAUAAAAUAGCACAUAAAAAUACCAAGUUUUAUGUUUGUUUUUAUAGAUCUUCCACAUCACAUAUACUCAAAACUAUACUCCCUUAGUUUUCUAUUGCCUUCCUUUCUUUCCCCUUGGAAUGAUAAAUAGGAGCAUCUUAUGCUUCAAUUUCUAAUUCUGCAUAUAUGCUAAUAACUUACUUUGGCUCCUGUGCCAACCCGUGCCCUUCAUAUCUGGGCUUACUGUUGGCACUUCCUGAUUUUAAGUGAAAAGCAGCUAAAAAUUUCAGCAAUGUAAGUUUUCCAUUAUGGCAAAAUAUUAAGCAUUCACCUUUAUCUGUGCCCAUUCACGCUGGAAAGGCUAAGAAUCUGGGCAAAGUUGUUAGAAAACAAUAAUAUCAAAGGUUAUUUCCAAUGUUAAAACGAAUCUCCAAUAAUUUAAAGCUUUGAAGAAAAUAUUGUGACCUCUGGAGUUCUUGUCAAUGUAGAAAAAGCAUUUCUGUCCUGAUGACCCCUUUCUGUUAUUGUCUGAAGCACAGAGGGGCUGCUGUGAUGGAGAGUCUCAAGACUGACACGGAAAUGCUCUAUCCUGAGAUAACUGUAGAAGUGGGCAGAGUGACUUUUGGAGAAGAGAACAGGAAGAAGAUGACCGAUAGCUAUUUGAAAAGAACUGAGAAUUCUAAAAUCAUCCAAGCUACAUGUGCACUGUUAAAUUCUGGAGGGGGUGUGAUCAAAGCGGAGAUCGAUGAUAAAACUUAUAAUUACCGAUGCCAUGGGCUGGGACAGGAUCUGGAAACUUCUUUUCAAAAGCUCCUUCCUUCAGGUUCACAGAAAUACCUUGACUACAUGCAGCAGGGGCGCAAUCUCCUGAUUUUUGUGAAGUCAUGGAGCCCAGAUGUUUUCAGCCUCCCCCUCAGGAUUUGCAGCUUGCGCUCCAAUUUAUAUCAGAGAGCUGUGACUUCCGCUAUCAACUUGAAUGCCAGCAGUGCCCUGGAACUGCUCAGAGAGAAGCAGUCUAGAGCUCAGAGAGGAAGAUCGAGGGUGAAGGAGCUGCAUCCUCAGAAAGUUCUUGACAGAAACAUUCAGGAAGAGGAAGAUAUGAGGAUGUUUGCCUCAGAAUUUUUUAAAAAGGACAAGCUCAUGUAUAAGGAGAAACUCAACUUCACUGAGUCAACACAUGUCGAGUUGAAAAGGUUCACCACCAAAAAGAUUGUCCCUCGGAUUAAAGAAAUGCUGCCUCAUUAUGUGUCUGCAUUUGCCAAUACUCACGGGGGAUACCUAAUUAUUGGGGUGGAUGAUAAGAGCAAAGAAGUGUUUGGAUGUAAGAGAGAAAAAGUGAACCCUGACUUAUUAAAAAAAGAAAUAGAAAACUGCAUAGAAAAACUGCCUACCUUCCACUUCUGCUGUGAGAAGCCAAAGGUGAAUUUCACUACCAAAAUCUUGAAUGUGUACCAAAAGGAUGUUCUGUAUGGUUAUGUCUGUGUGGUUCAAGUGGAGCCUUUCUGCUGUGUGGUAUUCACAGAGGCCCCGGAUUCCUGGAUCAUGAGGGACAAUGCUGUCACAAGGCUGACGGCUGAGCACUGGGUGGCCAUGAUGCUGGAUAUUCAGUCAGCCUCCAGUCUGGCCACAGACCACGGUCUUCCCCUGAGUUCACCAGCUUCAUCUGCACUUAGAAGCCCGUCAUUUCCCACAAAAGUCUUGGAAUUUAAGGGGGCUCUACAACAACGUUUGUUUCCAGUGACACAGGAAGAGAUACAAUUUAAACCAGAAUCCCUCUGUAAGAAGUUAUUCUCAGAUCAUAAAGGACUGGAGGAAUUAAUGAAGACACAGAUAUAUCCUUGUUCUCAGGGGAUUGUGAUAUUUUCUAGAAGCUGGGCGAGUGACGUUGGCUUAAGGAAAGAGUGGAAUGUCCUGUGCGAUGCUCUCCUAAUAGCAGUUAACAGCCCCUUGGUACUCUAUACAAUCUUAAUAGACCCCACCUGGACUGGAGGGCUUGCCUAUGCACGAAGCACUGCUCAUCAGUUAAAGCAGAAACUGGGAACUGUUGGUGGUUACACAGGGAAAGUAUGUGUCAUUCCAAGGCUGAUACACCUGUCCAGCACGCAGUACAGACCUGGUGAAAUCGCCAUGCACUACCCCCAAUCCUACAGGCUUCCCAGUGAAAAUGAAAUGGAAGACCUGUUGCAGGCCCUUAUUGUGGUCUCACUGAGCUCCAGAUCUCUUCUGAGUGACCAGCUGGGCUGUGAAUUUUUCGACUUGCUCAUAGCGGAGCAGGGUGAGCUGCUCUCAGAGAGCCUUCGGGAGACACGAGAAUUGUUCAUCCACUGCUUUCCAGGAACCAGGAAGACAGCCCUAGCCAUAAGGGUCAUGGAGAAAAUGAAGGAUUUGUUCCACUGCAAACCAAAAGAGAUCCUCUAUGUUUGUGAAAGUGACUCCUUAAAGGAUUACGUGACCCAGAAAACCACCUGCCAAGCUGUGACCCAGAAAACCUUCAUGCAAGGGGAGUUCCUAAAGAUUAAACACAUAGUGAUGGAUGAGACUGAGAAUUUCUGCAGUCAAUAUGGAGACUGGUACACGAAAGCUAGGAGCAUCACCCAUCCAAAGGUGAGAGGGGCUGGAACCGAGAACCUUCACCAUGGGAUUCUCUGGCUUUUUCUUGACCCUUUCCAAGUCCAUCAUGGAGCUGUCAAUGGCCUUCCCCCUCCAUCUGCUCAGUUUCCUCGAAAAACAAUCACCAAUGGGAUCCACUGUGCUCUGGAGAUAGCAAUGGUCAUGAAAGAAGAAAUGAAGAAGAUCAAAGAAAACCCUCCCUCCAACAUGUCCCCGGACACAUUGGCAUUGUUCAGGGAAGCUUCCUACAAGGAAGCAAUGUGUGCCCAGGCUCUGCCUGGGGUGUGUGAGACAGAGACUAACAUGACAACAGAACAGAUUGCGAAACACGUGGCAGAAAGAUGUCACAACCUGUUCCAAUGUGGUUACUUGCCCAAAGAUAUAGCAAUUCUGUGCAGGAGAAGGGAGGACAGAGGACGCUAUGAGCUUGCACUGCUAAAAGCAAUGAAAUUAAUGGAGACCCACGGAGCAACAGAAGUUGUGUUCAGCCAGGCUGCCGGUGUUUUGGGCAGUCAUAUCGUUUUAGACAGUAUUCAGCAGUUUUCAGGCCUGAAGAGGAAUAUUGUGUUUGGUCUCAGUCCAGAAUGUGCCCUGUCAGACGAAUUUCAUAAGCUCUGCUUUGCCUCAAGAGCUAUUAAACACCUCUACCUGCUUUAUGAAAAGAGAGCAGCCUUCUGAAAAUUAUUUCAAAUACAGGAAGGGAGAAAGAGCAAAGUCCCCUCUCCCAGACGGGCACAGAGUGCAGCAACUCUUUUUUCAGACAGGGGCAGCUACUCUUUCCCAUAUUAUAAGUGAGGAAAUCAAGGCACACUCAGUGUGGUGUGGAGCCACAGAAAUGACUCUUGGGUCUAACCCUUCUAGUCUAUUUGCAGUGUCACUGUCCUUUUCCCAGUCCACUUCACCUCCUCCCUGUACAAUUACAACAGACUUAUAAUUGGUCCCCUGCCUCCAGUUUUCCUAGACCGAUCCAACUUUCAUCCAGUUAACCAGAGAAGUUCUCCUCAAAUAGAGAACUGAUUUUGUGACAUCCCCUGCUAAUGUGUCUUCAGUGAGUCCCUGCUGUCUUCCCACCAAACCAAUUUUCAAGGCUUUCCAUGCUACACCCUGACUUACUCUCCUAACGCAUCCUUUAUUAUACUUCCAUUUCCCAAUGUUUCUAAUGCACUGCAGCCUGCCUGGCCUAUCUUGGGGGCGGGGGUAGGAUGUCCUCCAGGCUACUUACUUUGACUGGGUGUCUCAAGGGUAGCACCUUGGUUGGCACCUCAAACUGGCUACAGGUCUCAUGCUUUCUAGGUGCAGAACUUGAUUUCUCCUUUGCACUGACUCUGGAUCAGUCUUUUGGGGAUGGCUUUAUGCUAAUCAAGCUCACAAAAGACCAAUGCAUAAAUAAAAAUGCCACCCUGUCAAUUUGCAGUGAGGGUUGUAGUAAUAAGUGGGCCAGAUGCUUUUGCUAAUCAGUACAUUCAAUGUAACAUAGGAAGCCAAAUUUUAUAAGCAUAGCUUUGCAGCAAUGGGAGCUGGUAAUCUGAUUCAAACGUGUGAAGACUUCAGGCUAUGUUAGACUGUUGCAGUCAUCUCUAAAAUAGGGAUAUUUCCACCACAAGGACUAGACAGGUCAUGUUUACAAAAUAAAGCAAAUUUAGAAUGCCAAGAGUGACUAGUUGUUCCAUAUUCUUUGCCUCAGGUGAAAUUUUUUUUUCUCUCCGAGUUUCUAAAGUUUCCAGGUUGACCACCAAUCUUCCCCUCAGUCCUCCCAACACGUGCAUACUUUGCUCACAUUCAUCUCUACAGGUUAAUACACUCAUCUGGGUCAGAGACUGCUUGCACUCUGCCGCUGGCCUGGGAAGUUGUCUGUCUUUAAGGGGCCUUUGUACAUCCAUGAUGUCUUCCAUUAUGAUUUGGUGUUAAUUUUACAGUCCAGCUCUGAGAGUUUACAGGGAACCUGGAUGCCAACUCUACCACCUGUGUCGUCUGUACACAUUCCUGGCUCCUGGCUGUGCCUGUGCCAUUUUCCCAGCCUUCAAACCCUUUUCUGCCCCCUCUACAUGUUGAAAUCCUUACUUGUCAAUCAAGUCCUUGUUCAAAUGCCCACAUCCUCAAUAAGCUUUCACCAUCCCCCUAAGUUAAACUUGGUCUCUCCUUUUGCAGCCAUUCUAUGGCUUAAAAUUUUUUUUGAUGAUAACACCAAGCUCCUUCUAAACUGUGCCAGAAGAGUAGUUGUUGGCAUAGCAGAAUCUCUGUAAUAACUUCCUAUCGUGUCUUCUUUCCAAUGUAUGUGAAAUAAAAAUAAAAUCCAAGUUCCCCUCUCUAGUCAGCUCCCCAGAUGGCUAAGCAAUUCCUGUGCUCUUCAAUGCAAUCUUGCUUUUCUGUCUGUAAAGAUUUUUAAAUUGCUGUGGAAAUAUUCUGACUUCCAGGCUGUUUUGAACUUCUAGAAAUUUUUAGGACACUUUAUUGAUGCUGGGGAGGCACAAAUCCAGGAGAAGUUGUGGAAAUAUUUUUGGCUAUCAUUUCAGGUAAAGCCCAUCAGAUUUCCAAGAGGUGGGAGAGCAGCCAGGGCUUGGAAGAGUGUCCUUAGCUGCCUUUCUGACUUGCCCAGGCCAUGAGAGGGGCCAGGCUGAACCCGCGGCCUGCUGUCCUGGCCAUGGAUUGAACAGAGAGCCCCUGCCCUGCCUCCUGCUGCCCCGGUUACUUGAUGCUUCCUCCUUUUUACCUUUCCUUCAGGGCUUUAGGGUACUUUUAGAUGGGAGAAAAUAGAGUUCAGCAGUUAAUUAGUUUUCAGUGAAACAAAAGAUCCAGUGUGUUAACAUUUGGGUAAUGGAAGAUGCGUGAAUUCUCUAAAAAUAAUUUACAGAGUCAAAGGUGGUUGAGGACUCGGGGAGGAGAGCACAGGGAACUGCUGCAUUUUAGUCAGAAGCCUCAGGACCAUUUGGUUUUUUAAACUAUAUGCAAACUUUAUAUGGUUUUUGAUAAAAUAAUUUAUUUUUAAAAGAAUGAAUUGUUUUAAAUAUUGGAUUUGAGAGUCUUUGUCAGUUCUUGGUCUACUCAAACAGCUCAGGCUUAACAUAGAAGGCCUGACCUAGUGGUUCCCAAGCCUGGCUGCUCAUUAUAACCAUCUGGGGAGCUUUAAAAUAUACCGGUGAUCACCAGACACCAGACCAAUUAAGUCAACAUCUCCGGGCACAGGCUUGGGCAUUGAUAUUUGUUAAAAGUUGUCCACGGGUUGGCCCGUGGCGAAGCAGUUAAGUUUACACGUUCUGCUUCUGGGGUUCGCUGGUUCAGAUCCUGGG